CAGAAUCUGGAGGGGAAAAACAAGUUUCCGAAAUGCUUCGAAUGUUGACACGGGACGUAAAAACUUCUGGAGUGUGUAAAAUGACGACAGCAACGGAUUGUACUGAACUGCAAAAAUAUAUAUCCCAUUCCGAUGUAUACCCGAUUUAUCCCGAUAAAUCUGAGGUAAAAGUUUAUUGUGAUAUGACUACAGAUGGCGGAGGAUGGACUAUAAUCCAGAGAAGAUUAGAUGGGACUGUUAACUUUCAGAGAAGUUGGAAAGAUUGCGAGAACGGGUUUGGAAAUGUUGAUAGCGAAUACUGGCUAGGAAACAAACACAUCCACAGCCUGACAUCCAGUGGUAAAUAUGAGCUGAGAAUAGACCUGACGGACCUGUCCAAUACGAAGAAGUAUGCUGUGUAUAAAACAUUUAUAAUUGGUGAUGCAGCUUCUAAGUACAAACUAACUGUCGGGGAAUAUAGUGGAAAUGCAGGUGAUCAAAUGACUUAUCACAAUGGAAUGAAGUUUUCAUCAACUGACCAGGGUAAUGAUGAAGCUGGUGGAAGUUGUGUAGACAUUCAUGGACCAUGGUGGCAUAAAAGCUGUUGUUACAGUGCACUCAAUAGAAAAUUGAACAUUAACCUGUAUUGGCGAACUUUUAGCAGCAACGCAGCUAAAACGUCAGUAAUGAUGAUAAGAAAACUGUAGGAGCUGAAUUCAUGAAUAAAACUGCCUAUAAAACUAUUUCCAUUCCUGACUAAAUUGUGAAAUAGUUGAAACACUGGAAUUAUUAGUGGCAUUACGGAAAAUUAAAAAAAAAAAAUGUUUCAUUAGUUAUGACAAAAAUAUUAUUUCAAAAUUAGAUGAUGUCUUUUAGCAGAAUGUUUAUUAAAAAUUUGAAACUCCUUCCUUUUUUGAUUUUGACCAAAAAAGAGGCAUGCGAUACAUGUACAAAAGGGACAUUUAAACUCAUAACUCGAAAAAAACAAAAAUUGACAAAUCCAUAUAUCAAAAAGAACAAAAUACUAAAUGACACACAACAUUACCCAGACCAAUAAAAAUGUAGAAUACCAAAGAUUGAGUAUUGCAAAGUAUGUAUAAAAUGUCAUUUCACGUGCUUCAGAAGGGUUAGCGAAUAUACGAUUAUGU